AUGCUUACAACAUCAACUAAUAUGGUAUGCCCAGCUUGCUCGACUACUGUUGUUAGUAUAGCGGAUAAAAUACAUUAUUCUCGUAAAACAUGGCAUAAAAUAUGUUUUCGUUGUAAAACAUGUAGUAUACAGUUAAAUUCAGUGAAUGCUAAAGUAAAAGAUGAUGAAAAUUAUGCUGUCUAUUGUUAUCGACAUUAUCGAGAUGAUGAUAAUGUUUCGGUAUAUAGUGAAAUUUCAUCAGUAUCAUCUUCGUUUGAUACUACAUAUUUACGUUCAUCACAAUCAAUGCGUGAUGCUGCAUCAAAUUGGACUGUUGAAGAAGUAGCUAAAUGGUUAUGUGAUAUAUCAUUACAACCAUAUGUUGAAGUUUUCCGAAGAAAUAAUAUUGAUGGUGGUAUAUUAAUCGAUGAAAUAGAUGGUUUAGAUGAUGAAAUAGUUCACCAAUUAAUUCCAUCAAUAGGUCAUCAAUUAAAACUUCGUAAAGCAUUAAGAUUAUUACGAAAUAAGGGGCAUGAUAGGCCACAAAGACCACGUAGUGCCAUUGAUAUUAUGCCACAAAGACCACAUAGUGCAGUUGAUUUUAUGCCACAACAAGAUUCAGACAUGCACAUGAAACUUUUACUUACAAUUCAACAACAAGCAGAACAUAUUAGUUCACUUAUUUCAACCGUGACCACACAGUCGAGACAAAUUGAAUCAUUAGUAACAAAAAUGGCAACGCAUACAAAAUCAUCACAACCUAUGGAUACAUUUAAUAAAUUAUCUUCAGUUGUUAAAAAUCAAUUACUUGAUUUACCAUCAAAUGUAUCAAAAAUACCUUUAGCAUCAUCUAAUUCAGCAUCAUCGUCUGUUCCAACAAUUGAUUCUGUAGCACCAUCUGUUUUAACAAUACCAAUAACACUUAAUGUACCAACAACAACAACAUCUGUUCCAACAUCAAUUGAUGGUCCACAAGGUUCAAAUAAUGUUUUAUUUCCAGCUGUUAUUCAUCCAAAUAUUGAUGGUAUUGCUAUAAAACCAGUUAUUGAAGAUAAAUAUAAUUUUCAAAAUUAUGGUAAUUACACUGUAACAAUAUAUGAUCAAGGUUCAGAAAAUGUUCUUGUACAAACCGUAGUUAAUGUUGUACCAGAAAAUGAAAUAUGUAUGCCGAAAAAAUUUGUCUUAAGAGAUUCCGUUAAUAAUGUACUUGUUGGCGCAACAGUUAAAUUAAAAUUAGAAGGUAAUAUUGUUUUUACUGGUAUAACAGAUUCAACAGGUACAGUUAUUAUGCCAACAACAUUACAGAAAAAUUGUUAUGAAGUUGAAAUCGAUACAAAAGAUACAAAACAUAAACCAUCAGUAUUUCGUAUGAUUGUUUAUGAAAAUCGUGGUUCAGAUUCAAAUACACAAUUUAUUUGUCGAAAAUUAGAUAGUGAUCAACUUGAAAUUGUUCUUAAAUGGGAUAAAGUACCACGUGAUCUUGAUUCACAUUUAUUUUCAUCUGAUGGAAGACAUGUUUUUUAUGAUACUAAAGUACAAGGAAAUAUUUCACUUGAUUAUGAUGUUACAGGUGGUUAUGGACCUGAAACAGUUAAAUUAACACUUGAACCUGGUUUAAAAUAUCUUUAUGUUGUUCAUCGUUAUUCUCGUGAUGGAUUAUUAACAAAAUCAAACGCAACAGUUACUUUUAAUAAUGGUCAUAUGGCGUCAACUUCGACAACACCAUAUCAAAUUGUUCAAAUACCUGUUGUUAAUAAUCCUAAUGCAAAUUUUUGGAUUGUUUGUGAAAUAGAUGGAACAACAAAAAAAAUAACAAUGUUUGAAAAUGAAUUUGAAACUCAUAAUAAUUAUGCAUCGAAUCAAGUUGGAGCAAAAUACUUCAAUCGAUGA